AAUUUGUGCUAAAAUUGGGAAAAAUAGUAAAAGUUCUGUUGUGAACUGGUUAGAGAGAGAGAGAGGUGAAAGUGGAAGGGGAGAUGGGCCGGAUUCCGUGCUGUGAAAAGGACAACGUGAAGAGGGGACAGUGGACCAUGGAGGAAGACAACAAGCUCUCCUCCUACAUCGCUCAGCACGGAACCCGCAAUUGGCGCCUUGUACCCAAGAAUGCCGGACUGCAGAGAUGCGGAAAGAGCUGCCGGCUGCGCUGGACUAACUAUCUCCGACCGGACCUCAAGCACGGCGAGUUUUCGGAGACUGAGGAGCAGACUAUAGUUAAACUCCAUUCCGUAGUCGGCAACAGAUGGUCACUCAUAGCUGCACAACUACCAGGGAGGACGGACAACGAUGUAAAGAAUCACUGGAACACAAAGCUGAAGAAGAAGCUCUCGGGGAUGGGAAUCGACCCCGUGACACACAAGCCUUUCUCACACCUCAUGGCGGAGAUCGCCACCACCCUCGCUCCACCGCAGGUCGCCCACCUUGCAGAGGCCGCCCUCGGUUGCUUCAAGGACGAGAUGCUUCAUCUCCUUACAAAGAAGCGCAUUGAUUUCUCCUCCGGCUACAGUGUAGGAGGCUACCCUAGUACUACAGUUCCGCCACCCCAGCCGUCCGUAGAGCCUACCCUGGUUGAGGAGUUUAAUGGAGAGGAAACCAUUCAAAAAAUCAAAAUGGGCCUCUCCCGAGCCAUCAUGCGGGAACCUAGCCCAGUCAAGGGGUGGGGGACCAUGACUAAUGGGGAACCUGACGACAAUAGUUUGCUGUGUGAAAUGUACCCAAUGACCAUCGACCAGGGGUACAGGUACGGAAACCCAUCGGUAUACGCGAACGACGGCGAAGGUUCCACGUGGAGCACAUGCACUGGUGGCGGCGGAGGUAGUGGUGCGGUGGAGGAGAAUCACCUCUUGAAGGGCAAGGAGGACGAAUCGGAGGAGUAUGAAAGUGUUAAGGGUGGGAACAAGGAGGAUGCUGGCGUGUUUGGUUCGGAGUGUGUUCUUUGGGAUUUAUCGGAUGAUCUCAUGAAUCAUAUUGUUUAAAUGAGAAAGCUAGCUAGUACGAUCACUGAAAUCUGAAAGAAUAACUGUAGCUAAGAUGCAUCUGGUGCUGUUGAAUAGCAUGAAUGCUUGCUUAUUGUCUUUCUAUUUCCUUCGGUAACAAAUGUUUAUGAAUAAAUAAUUAUGGUACAGAGAUA